CCUUGAAUUUUGAGGGUCAGAGAAGGAAACAGGAAAUUAAAUCGAAAUAGAAGAUAGAAGGAAGAGAAAUGAGAGAGGGUUUGUUUCUUAUAGUAUCACUCUUUUACGCUAUAAUGAUAAUUGAAGGAAGUUCAGCGACUGUCCUUAUAAAACCAUCAUCCAUUUCCUUCCCAGACCUUCCUGCUAAAUCCGCUCUCAGCCUUAAUGGCUCUCGUGUGUGUGGAUCGUUACACGUGGCAAACCCUCUGGACGCUUGUUCUCCGCUACGCAAUCGUCUCGAGUUCAAUGAAAGUGGGAGGUUUGCUUUGAUAAUGAGAGGUGAAUGUGCUUUCGAAGAUAAGAUUAAGAAUGCCCAAAGUGCUGGUUUUCGUGCUGCCAUUGUUUUUGAUGAUAAAGAUAACAGGAAUUUGAUUUACAUGAUGGUGAAUCCUGAGGGAAUUAAGGUCCAUGCGGUUUUUGUUUCGAAGUAUGCGGGGGAAGUAUUGAAGGAGCGUGCACGAGGGAAAGAAGGGGAAUGUUGCAUUUAUUCAUCUCGUACUGAUGCAGCAUGGACUGUGUUGGCAAUAUCAUUGAUUUCUGUUGUUGUUAUUUUAGGUCUCCUUAUCAUUGUUUUUGUUACUCCCAGACACUGGUUGCAUUGGCAGCGAACAAAUAAUCGCUGUAAAAGUGUGGAUAGUAAGAUGGUUGAAGCCCUUCCGUGCUUCACAUUCCGGAAUGCUAGUUUAAGUCAGUGUCAUGUUGGUGAAACUUGUGCGAUUUGCCUUGAGGAUUAUAAAGAUGGGGAAGUUCUUAAAGUUCUCCCUUGUCACCAUGAAUUUCAUUCAACCUGUGUUGACUCGUGGCUGACUAAGUGGGGGACCUUCUGUCCUGUGUGCAAGCUUGAUAUGAAAGACAAAUCUGCAUAUUUUGGGAUAUUGAAGCUAAACAAAAUACAGUUUGCCUUAAUUCUUGAAAAGACUCUAGACAGAAUAGAUCAAGAGGUGAAUCCGGCUUCAGAAUCUGUAAAUACAUCUGGCAGUUUGCCUAGCUUUGAUAAUCAGAAAGUCAGGUCAACUAUAUUCAACUUGCACAGACACGAAGUGGUCUUCAUGGGCUCCCUAGAUAAAAGCACAGGAGCUGAAGUUGUCACCAUUGAUGUCAAGGCAACUAAGGGUUUGCUUGAGUCAGGCUAUACUUAUCUAGAUGUUAGGACAGUGGAGGAGUACAAUAAAGGACACGUGGAUGGAGAGAAGGUAUUCAAUAUUCCUUACUUGUUCAAUACACCAGAGGGGAGGGUUAAAAAUCCCAACUUUCUGAAGGAGGUCUCAGGUGUGUGCAAGGAGGAAGAUAAACUUCUUGUGGGCUGUCAAAGUGGAGUCAGAUCCCUGUAUGCAACUGCUGAUCUUCUUAGUGCUGGUUUCAAAGAUGUAAGCAACGUGGGAGGAGGCUAUCUUGCUUGGACGGAGAAUGUUUUUCCGGUGAAGAUAGAGAAGAAAGAGAGAGAUGAACUCUGAUCUGUAAAUCCAGUCAUUAUUGCCGCCAUUUCUCGAACAGUCAUUUAGUGGUUGUGUGACAGAUGGCACAGCAUUGUGGAUGCAAUAUUAAUGUUAAUAUCGAUAAUUAUAAUAGCUGUUCAGCUUCUUGCCACA